AUGCUCAUCAACAAAACUGCUGUCGGGACAACUCCAUUGCCUUGUUCGAUCAGGGCACUCACCGCGAAAGAGACGAAUUACGAUGAAAAACCAGGGACACCGAAAAGAAAUGUCGAAGAAAUUGCGCUAAUUGACAUCGAUCAUCCGGCUUUCAGCAUGCAUAAAGACGAUUUUAUCAAACAUGAGUCAAUUCAAAUCUCUGCCGAUUGUAAGCAGUGUACAAUCACAUUGAUCAUCGGCGAAAUCGUUCCGUUUGAUGAAAUCUCCAGCGACGACACCAUCGAUGCAAAUCCAGUUUUUCCUUUCCUCAUCGACACCAAGAAUCCUACAAAUAUUCAAUGUUAUCUGGAAACGUUAUUAUAUGAUGAGGGUGAAACCACGUACACAUUGACCGUCACUAAUGUGCACUAUCACUUCAAUUUGAGUCUGACUGAUGAAUGGAAAGGAGAUAAUUCACCAUAUGCCAACUAUACAUUCGCUUUUACGGCUUAUGUAGCAGAGAUGAUCGUUG